CCCUUGUUGACGCUGUAGGUUUCCCAUUCCCGCCGCCGCCGCCACCGACGCCGUCGCCGACGAUCCCAUGGCUCCCGUUAAGAAGACGAAGAAGAACGCGGAGGGGAUCAACAACAAGCUGCAGCUGGUGAUGAAGAGCGGCAAGUACACCCUCGGCUACAAGACCGUCCUCAAGACCCUCCGCAACUCCAAAGGGAAGCUAGUUAUCGUUGCAAACAACUGCCCUCCACUUAGGAAGUCUGAAAUUGAGUACUAUGCUAUGCUGGGAAAAGUUAGUGUGUAUCACUUCAAUGGAAACAAUGUUGAUCUUGGCACUGCCUGCGGCAAGUACUACCGAGUGUGCUGUCUCAGUGUCGUCGAUCCUGGUGACUCGGAUAUUACCAAGCAAUUACCUGAGAGUCAUUGAUGUGCAUGCAUUGGCCUUGUGACCGAUCUUAUCUUCACUUUUUGCUCACAUGAAAAAGAUAUAUAUCUUCAUACGGUGUUCUUGUGAAGUUGCGAUACAUUGAUGAACCAAACCUGGCACACUUCAAUAGCAUCGCCUAGUUUUGCUCUGCUAAGCAUCUGUCAACGGUAAAGGUAGGAGUGAAAUGUAUGUAGGAUUUGGAGGUAAUGGGAAAUAAAUGGUGCAAUCUGUUUUACUUUCCGAGUA